UGGUAGUAAGAUUGGCGGUCUUGUAGUUGCUCGAGGAGCCAAGAAAGUGGUAGGCCGCAAUGAGAGAAUAUUUAAGAUGGAGAUCGGGGUUAUCUAUAAGCUCAUGGCUCCUGUUAGUAAGUUCUACUGGUCAGAUGUGAUCGAGGAGCUAAAGCAACCGAUUAAUGCCAAAUUAGAGAGUGAGUUUGAUAUAUCCAUGACUAAUGAAGUUAUGAGGUUGGCCGUAGAUUAUUCACUAUCUAGGCGGUUCAUUAACUUCAAGCAUCAUUGUCAUAAGCAUUAUCUG